GCACUGAGGAGCCGCCGCCGGCGCCGGGCCGCGAGCUGGUGCGGCCGUCGGUGAGCGAGCUGUCCCGCGCCGCGCGGACCAACAUCCUGUGCACCGUGCCCGGCUGCGCCAAGGUGCUGCCCAACAGUCCGGCCCUCAGCAUGCAUCUCAGCAAGGCGCACCGCCUCCAGGAUGGAAAAAUGAAUGCAACAAUAAGAAAGGGUUUGAAAACUACACAGAAAUUCUACUGCUGUCCUAUUGAAGGCUGCCCUAGAGGACCAAACAGGCCAUUUUCCCAGUUUUCACUUGUAAAACAGCACUUUAUGAAAAUGCAUGCUGAAAAGAAGCACAAAUGUGAUAAAUGUAGCAACUGCUAUGGCACAGAAUGGGACUUGAAACGACACGCAGAGGACUGUGGAAAGACUUUCCAGUGUACUUGUGGGUGCCCUUAUGCCAGCAGAACAGCAUUACUGUCUCAUAUUUACAGAACUGGCCAUGAGAUCCCUGCAGAGCACAGGGAUCCGCCUAAUAAGAAAAGAAAAAUGGAAACUACAAUACAAAAUCAGCACUUAGCAGAGAAAGCAAAGGAAGCAUUUAUCAGUGCUCACGCCAGUCGUAAUGGCACUCCGGAACUGGAGACGUCUGAGGUGAAACCCAUGGCUUCUUUUGAAGGCUCCUGUAGUUCUAAUAUAAAUAAGCAGAUGCUAUCCCAGCCAAAAUGUACACCGAAGAUGCUUUUGCCAAAGCCCAAAGUGGCUUUGGUCAAAUUUCCAGUAAUGCAGCUGGCUCACUUGCCUAUCUUUGUGUCAGCAGCAGACUCCUCUGUCAAACCUGUUGUGGUGGCUGUGGAUAAUCAAGGCUCGGUUCUGAGCACUGUUCACUUGUUACCUCAGUCCAUAGGGAUUCUGAUUCCAGCACUGGAGGCAGAAACGGUUGUGUUUAACGAUGCUGUGCCCGUUUCAAAGGUGGCAAAUUCCAGUGAUGUUGAACCAGUUAGUGCUGGUAUCCAAGUCAACUUGGGUAAAGUAACACCAAAUAAUCCAGGACAAGAGCUGGGAAAUGCCUGUCAAAAGAAUAAAAUCUCUUCAAUAAAUGUGCAGACAGAUUUAUCUUACAUUUCGCAGAACUUUGUGCCAGCUGCAGCCUGGACUUCUGAUUCUUCUGUCUCGUCUUGCUCUCAGACAGACCUGUCGUUUGGUUCCCAGGUCUCAUUACCAAUUAGCGUUCAGACUCAGACACUGCUACCCACCUCCAAACUGACUUCAUCCAUCGCUGCUCAGACAGAUGCCUUUGAGCAGGCUUGUUUCCCGUCCUGUGGUGUUUCUAGAGAGACUCAAACCAGUGGAACACAGGACUCUAUUGAUGGGAGAGUGCAUAUAGACCAGGCUGUAAUGUGCAGCGACAUUUUUGACAAUGUACAUUCAUCGUAUGAUGUUUCCACACAGAUUGGAUUCUCGGAAAACAAUCUAAUGCCUACAACAAUACAUCAAAACUUGUUGCAAAGAAGCAGCUGCAAGAGCCUGAGUCAGGAUGCAAUAAAAUCUGAACCCAUUAUCAACUUCAAUACGCAGACUAACAUGCUUCCACAGCAAAAUAUGAUGGAUAAUCAAACCCAGACGAUGGACUUAUUAAAUGAUCUGGAAAACAUCUUCUCGGGUAGCAUGUCUGGCCAAACGUUGGAUAAUCGUGGUCUCUUGUCUGACUCUAGUUCUAGCGCUGACACACCCCUGCCACCAGCCCCAACACAGAGCACAGGGAUAGACUUUGACAUUGAAGAGUUCUUUUCAGCAUCCAAUAUCCAAACUCAGACUGAGGAGAGUGAACUGGGGAAUCUGAAUUCUGAGCCAGUUUUGGAAUCUCUGGAUAUUGAAACCCAGACUGACUUCUUAUUUGCAGAUAGUGCCACUCAAUCCUACAGCUGCCGAGGAAAUUCUAACUUCUUAGGCUUGGAGAUGUUUGAUACACAGACACAAACGGACUUAAAUUUUUUUUUAGACAAUAGCACACAUCUGCCUUUGGGAAGUAUACUAAAACAGUCCAGCUUUUCCAUGAGCACCGACUCCUCUGAUACAGAAACCCAGACAGAGGUACCUGCUGCUGCUAAAGAUAUACCUGGUCAAAACCUAGAAUCCAAAGUCCAGCUGAAUAGUGCUGAAACACAGACUAUGGAUAGCUCCUUUGAGACUCUUGGGAACUUAUUCCUUACCAGCAAUGAGACGCAGACAGCUAUGGAUGACUUUCUUCUGGCUGACUUGGCAUGGAAUACAAUGGAGUCACAGUUCAGUUCUGUAGAAACACAGACUUGUGCAGAAUUGUGUUCCUUUUUUCAAACGUCUGACAAACCAAGCCAUUGAGUGCUACUUACUAAAAUUCCUUUCCUUGGGUUUUGAAAUUUAAGUUAUUGGGGGUGAGGGGUGUUGAGGAGAGACGGGACCGACCAAGUUACCCACAUCAAACUGCUGAAUGUAGUUGACCGUAUGCAGGUGGCUUAAAAGCCUUUUCAUCCUCUUGCAAGGUACUUUAACUUGUGUAUAUGUAAUUUCAAUAUAAACUGUGUGUGCAUAAAUGUGUAUAUGUUUGUAACUUGUUAAUGUAAGUUUGGACCUUUAAAAUUAACUUGGUCAUGGUGCCUUCCUUUGCUCUAACUCUGUUACAAAGCUUUGUCACCAUUUCCAUUUUAAACCUGAACUUAGGCUUUACUUCUGUCUAUACCAGCUUUAUUUCUGGCUUAAAUGUAGGUUUCCAAAGUCUUGGACCAAAAGCUGACCUGUCUAAUUUUUGACACUGCCCUGCACCCCAACCUCUUUUUGGAAAUGGUUUUUGGCAUAAUUUUUUGGUUUUGUUUUUAAAAAGAUUUGUUUGGCAAGGUUUACCAGUCCUCACUACCAGAUCCCUAACCUCUCUCUCUUUUUUUUUUUUUUAAGAGUGUAAAAAUUUGCUCCUUUUUGAUAUAGGCUGAUAUUGUCCAGGCACUUGUUCAGCAAAUCUGUUGCCUAUACACCUUUGGAUCUAUACUUGUACAAAGUGCAACAAAUAUGGGUAAGGAAUGUUUGGGUUUUUUUGCCUCUAAAUUGGCAUUAACUAUGCGUGUGGUGGAGAGAGGAAGAUGUACUUAAAAAAUUGCCACAUGAUGAUUUUGCUGUGUACUACUGUAACAAUAUGUAUUUUGGGUAUUCCAAAGGAAGGCAUUUGUUUGAACUAGUAAUAAGUCUUGUAAGAAACACAAAGCAAGGAAAUGCCUAACAUUCAAAUGUCGGGGUGAGAGAUGAGAAUGCUAGGAUUACACUGAAAUUUAUUUACCAGUUUCUCCCUUUUUUUGCUUAUUUGCAGAAAGAUACAGUGCUUAUCCUAUGACGACUAACAUUACCCAAGAUUUUGGGAACAGUUAAUCUUGAGAAUAUUAAAACCUGUAAAGAUACUUUUUGGACUAGAUUCCUACCCUUGGGUCCUGUACUUCCAGAGCAAGACCAGCUGUAGCUCCUAAAGCUAAGAAUUUUUGGGUCCGUUGGCUUCCCCAUCUAGCAACAAAUCUUUUGCCUAUACUGGAC